AUGACCGUGCGCGACGCGCUCAACAGCGCCCUGGCUGAGGAGAUGGAACGCGACGAGAAGGUCUUCAUCAUGGGCGAGGAGGUCGGCGACUACCAGGGCGCGUACAAGAUCACGAAGGGCCUAUUGCAGCGCUUCGGCGCCGACCGCGUGAGGGACACGCCCAUCACCGAGGCGGGUUUCACCGGCCUGGCGUGCGGCGCCGCGAUGAUGGGCCUCAAGCCGGUCGUCGAGUUUAUGACGUUUAACUUUUCGAUGCAGGCCAUCGACCACAUCGUCAACACCGCGGCUAAGACGCUGUACAUGUCCGCGGGCACCAUCUCCCAGCCGAUCGUGUUCCGCGGGCCCAACGGCGCCGCGGCGGGCGUCGGCGCCCAGCACUCCCAGUGCUUCGCCGCCUGGUACAUGUCCAUCCCGGGCCUCAAGGUGCUCGCGCCUUACGACGCCGAGGACGCCCGCGGGUUACUCAAAGCCGCGAUUCGAGACCCGGACCCCGUCGUCUUCCUCGAGAACGAGCUGAUGUACGGCGAGUCGUUCCCGGUGAGUAAAGAGGCACUUGCCACCGACUACGUGGCGCCCAUCGGCAAGGCUCUCGUCAUGAGGCCCGGCACGGACGUCACGCUGGUGAGCUUCAGCAAGAUGGUCGGCUUCUGCAAGAAGGCGGCGGAUGAGCUCGCGAAGGAGGGUAUCGAGGCCGAGGUGAUCAACCUCAGGUCCCUGCGCCCGCUGGACAGGGACGCCAUCGCCGCGAGCGUCCGCAAGACCAACCGCAUCGUCGUCGUCGAGGAGGGCUGGCCCCAGGCUGGCGUCGGCGCGGAGAUUGCCACCAUGGUCAUGGAGGACGCCUUCGACCACCUCGACGCGCCCGUCGAGCGCAUCACCGGCGUCGACGUGCCCAUGCCCUACGCCGCGAACCUCGAGAAGGCGGCGCUCCCCCAGGUCGAGGACAUCGUGCGCGUGGCCAAGCGCGUGUGCUACAAGUAA